AGAUUCUCAGGAAUCUGAGAACAAUGUUUGUUACAAGGAGUGGAAGCUUUGAGAGUAGUAGGACGACAUUCAGGGGAGGAGACACAUGAAAAGCUGCAGCGUCUCAGAGCUCAUGAGAAGUAGUUGAGCCUGAGAGACGAGAGGUGAGUUUCACAACCUGUUCAUUUACUUAUUUUUUAUUUUGUUAAAACUUGUUGAUUUUCUCUUCACUCAACAUGAGCAGGGGAAACGGCUGCUGCAGAACACAACAUUUACUCAGGACUGAACUUGUGAACCCUGAACAGGAUUUGUCAGUGAGGAGCAACGUGAUUCCAAUAAGACAGAAACAUCCAGACAUCUGGGUCCUAUAGGUAAAUCUUACCAACCAGGAAAAAGUAUCUUUUUUUUGUCAGAAAGAUGAAUGAGGAAAUAAUUUUGAGGAUGACAUGAGCUGGCCUGGGAUGGUCUCAUCAUUACACAACUGCAGUCACUAGUGGGAACUUUGAGAGGAGCAACUUUUCCCCCAGAGACACACCAGACUGCAGUUAUGUCAGACUCUAGGGAGCAGAGCCUUGAUGAGAACGUAGUGUUCCUGGAGGUCACAGAGUCUUCUCCAGAGUUCCUCUACAGUGAGAGGGAGCGUCAGGCGGUGGAGAGGCUCCUGAGCGCCGGACCAGAGGCCUUCUACAGCUCCAUCGGCACAGAGCGCUCCGGCUGUUUCCUGUCGCCUGAGGAGGUCAGACAGAUAAGCAGCUGGGCUCAGGACUAUCGCUUCAACCAGCAGCAGGUGCGCUUGGAGGAGGAUGGAGGGGAAGGCAGCUCACAGAUGGAGGACUUCUGCUCUACCUACUUCCCUUGCACCUCCGACACACCGGCUCCAGACCUUGACCUGGGCUGGCCCGAGAGGGGGCCCUGGCUGAUGAUGGGGAGCAUCACAGUCCACACCAGCCCACCUGCUGACGGAGAACCCCCCGUCAGAGAGAUAAUCCGACAGCACUUGCAAAGGGCCACCCAAGUAAUUGCUAUUGUGACAGACAGAUUAACAGAUGGUGCAAUAAUUGGUGAUUUACACAACGCUGCCUCCCGGGGCGUCCCUGUCUACAUCAUCCUGAAUCAGAGAUCCAUUCAGGAGGAUUUCAUGCUCAACAGGCUGCAGCAUCCGAACAUCCGAGUCCGUGUUCUUGGAGGGAAAGCCUUCUGUUCCAGGACAGGAAAGACGGUGGUUGGUGAGAUGAAAGAUAAUUUCCUUCUGGUGGAUUUGGAGACAGUAAUUCAUGGCAGCUACAGCCUCACAUGGACCGACGCUCACCUGCACCGGCAGCUGAUCACCGUCCUCCGCGGCCCAGUCGUGGACUCAUUUGACCAGGAGUUCAGGAUCCUUUUUGCUGCUUCGCUUCCAGUCGCAGACACACCGAGAGUCGCAGAAUCCCACGUAACUGUGACUCAAAAGCUAAGAGAGUUUUCAGAUCUCCGCUUCCGAAAACAGCUCUCAUUUGACCCUGAGAUCCUCAACCCUCCAUCUCCACCUACUGAUUCUCUCCUGGACUGGGAAGCCAUGGGCGUUGUCCAGAGAGAGGGUAAUUUUCCUGAGAGUCCUAGUGAUCAACAUGAGGAAAUCGUGUUCAAGGAAAUAUCACAGAAGAAUAACAUGCUGUUGAGUAAAAAUGCAACCAUUAUGGAUGAUUUCACCAGCAGUGGAAACCAUUUUGUGGAUAAAAAAAGGGUAAACGCUCAUAACUCUCCAGUGAUAAACCAUGUUCCAGAUAAAUCAACAAUAUUCAACAGUAUAAAGCCAUCAACAGCAGACCUAACCCCAGAGAGAAUGAAGAGGGUGGAACGCAUAGUAGAAAAAACUAUUUCCAGGCAACUCUCCAAAGAGAAGAGAACCAAUUUAGGUGACCGAAUAAUGACGAGAGUUGAUGAUAAAACAACAGAACCGAUGCACAACAUGGUCAUACUUUCAUCUAAUAAGAGAAUAGAGACAUCGAGGAGGGGUCUCUGUGUGGAGGAGGAGAGCCGCAUGGAUGAAACUGGCUCCAAAGUGGAGAACACACCAUCUUCUAGAAAACCCAUAAUCCUGAGGGUGCCACAGUCUGAGAGCUUCAGCUCUCUGAGCGACAUAAUGAAGAGGAUUCAGCCUCAGCAAAGCUCUUCAAGGCUGCUCAAGAAAGAAUCCAACACUGCAGCAUCGGACUUGAGCCAAUCCAUGAUGGACCUGAGUGUACACAAAAAAGACACACAUCAAGACUGGAGAGGAGUCCCAGUGCCAAGGUUUAAGGCCAGUUGCUUUGACUCGAGUUUCAUGACGCCUGCUUUCACUCUGAUGAAGAAGAGGAACGAUGACUUGAAAUCUUCGUUGUACAGAACCUCAACAGACUUCCUGCCCAGAGAGCGGCCCCGCAGCUCUGCUUAUGGUCUGAAUAUGGACUGGAGGAGGUCGCUGGCAGAGAGGGAAUUAGGGGAACAAGAAUGAGAACAAAAAUACAAAAGCAACAACAUCUGUCACUGACGACAGGUGGCAACCAGGAUGGUUCUGACCAUGCAGUGUAAAUUACCCCAAAUAAGCCAUACUGUUACUAUGCAGGAUGUGUUACUGUUUUAAAUUCUGAUGUGACAUCCCACUGAAUCUGAUUAUGAGAAGCUUCACUGUUUGUAGUUUACUUCAUGUUUAAAUAAAUAACAUAGUUUUGUUCGAGCUGCUCACAACGAAUAGCUGCUUUAAUCAGUAAGAUUUGCAAACGAGAAGAAGUUACACUUUUUGAUUGGAAAUUUCAAUAGGUAGGAUUUUAUUAAACCUUCUGCUAAAGUUGGUGGUUAUUUUAUUUUUCAGUAUUAAGGUUGGGACCUACUGGACCUACUGCAACAUUAUACAACAUGAUAAAAAGACAAUAAAAGUCAGAUUCAUGUACAAGUGCUGAUAAGAUGCCAACUGAAGCUUCACUGAAAAAAUAAAACAACAGGACUGAAGCUAAAA